AUGAUUACCACUAUUGACAAACUCCCUAGAGAGACUCUCUUCUCCAUUGCAAGCGUGGGUGCAAAAGUCAGAGAUGCCAUCUCUAAAUCGCUCUCCAUCGGUCCCGAGCAAUACCUCACCAUCACCGUCCCUGGUACUAAGAUUGAUCUGACGGACUCGGACCACAACCGGUCAUUUCUAUACGAUGAUUCCAAGCAUGGUCUUCCCCCAGCAAAUGUUAGACAAGCUGAGGCCAGCUUAGUUGACGGAAUGAUGCCGAUAGCCAAAUGCGCAGUCGGCAACGAGAGGAAGAGCGUUGCACGUAGUUAUGCUCGCGCCAUUGACAAUUUAAUUCCCGCAAGCCCGACAUUCGCUCCCAGCCCAGGCAUCCCCAGCCAGGGAAAGAUGGACUACGCAAAGUCGAUGGAGUUCCUCAAGCAGAAAGUCCAUGGAACCUCAAAGACUAUCAUGGAGGUUUACCGGGAUAAGGAGAUGACGUGGAACAAACAGCGAGAAAUCUGGGAGAGGGAAAAGCUCAAGGCUAUUCGUGAGGCUCAAGAGGCUUUUGAGGACGGGACCAAGGACUACGCCGAGAAGCGACAAAAAUAUGUCGAGAAUUGGUUCAAGCGCGAUGGCAAGAGCUACAAGGAUGCUAUUCAAGCUGCAUGGAUGGAUUGGGUUGAUACUGGAAAGAAAUAUUCCGUCGAGUUUGCGUUUGGCAUCUUCCAGCUGGAUUCUAUGGCGCUCGUCGAGGGCAGUAAGGAGGCGAUGAGGAACUCUGCGAUGGACAAUCCCAGUGGCGAUGGAGAGGUUUAUGGGGUCAGUCUCACACCUAAAGCUUGGGCCACAUUCUGUAAGGUCAAGGCCGAGGAGUGGCAUCAGCAAAAUGCACCAAGGCCACUGAACAGCAGUGAUAGGUCUGCAUGGAGCAGCAUCACACUGUCCUACUCUGCAUCAGAUAUUCAGUCUCACGGAAGUGGAGCCACUAGCUUUGGUCUCUGGGCCUUGGGUGGUGUAGACUUGCAUCAGGAGCUGCACCAAGAUAUGAGAUCUUGCGAUAUUAGCAUUUCAUUUUCUGCCCUUGUCGUAGACAUUAGCCGCCCGUGGUUACACGGCGAGCUCUUCAGCGACAUUGAUCUCGACGUUCAGAGAGGAGUCGAAAUCAGCCCUGGCCCAAGCCGCAUUCACGAGAUGAUCAAGGACGGAGAAGACGUAAAGAGCGGCGGAUGGGCCUUCCCAGCUUAUCCGACCUCUUUUAUUAUUGCUUCUGAUACAACGAUUGAAUUUAAGGGUGAAGCAAAGGCUAUAGAGGAAUUUUGGGAGCGCGGUAGUGAAGUGGUUGGGUAUGGGCCUUGGUCAGUGUCGGGCAGUGCUGCGGCCGCGCAGACCAGAGUUGAAUCAACUUCAACUGGUUGCAAGAUCAGUCUUGGGGCACCGCAGAUUAUUGGCUGGGUUAACCAAACUGUGCCAUCUCUGCCUCGAUCAUAA